AUGUUGUCACUUCAGACUCUUCCAGUUGAACUAUUAUGUCGGAUCUUUCUGUAUAUCGACUAUAGUGAAGUAGAACACUUCCUGAGAAUUAGUGGUAGUUGCAGCUUCAACAUUAACCUAGCAUCCCAAAUGGUGCUAACCGACUCUCACGUUUUCGUGACUAACUUUAGCACCGAAGAUUUCCAGGACAUAUUAAAUGCUCUGUCUUAUAUAGAAAAUGUUGCCAGAAUGAUUCACAGUGAAGUUAACGGACGUUCUUGUCAAAAACUACACAUCACAUCCAGUCUUGAGCAGCCUGUUUACCAUCCUAAGAUUUUGACACUCUACUUAGCCCUUCCUGAUAACUUUACUCGUAAUAAGACAAGAUUCUCUGGCCUUAUAGAAGAUUUCAUAGAGCGGAUCCAAAAUGACUGCUCUUCACUAAUAAAGGAUGUUCAAAAUGUUAAUAUAUACAUAGAUGCUGGGGAUGCAUUCACUUCUGAAAACAACGUAUGGCGGUAUUGGCAGUGCUAUGAACAAUUGAAAAGGUUUGAACUCACCUGUAUUUCCUCCGCUUCUUUGAAAUCAAAGCUACACGUAUUCUCAUUGUCUUAUAGUGAAGAACAAUGCCAUAACUCAAGCUGCCCCUUGACAUAUCCAACGACGAUUCGAAUAGAUUUCGAUGAGUUUCUGAGCCUAACUCACCUCACCUUGACACAUCAUGAAAGUAUAGGAUUCAAAAGAGGAAACUUCCGCUUGCCAAAGGCCUUAAUUUCACUAAACUUGAGUCACUGCAAGAGCCUAUGGUUCGAUUUCUUCAAAUUUGGUUCAUUUCCACCAUAUCUUCAGACCCUAGACAUUGCAGGUAAUGAAGUAGGAGAAAUCAUGAGAGAGGUGGAUUUCAAGCAACUUACAUUCCCAGAAUCGUUAAAGUGCCUCAUUUUGUCGAACAAUAACAUAACUUCCCUUCAGAGCUUCAGAUUCCCUAGCAGCUUGAAAUCGCUUGAUUUGAGUGGAAACAACAUAAUGAGUAUAUCUAAUGUGUUAUUUCCCGAAUCUUUGGCAAACUUAAAUUUAUCAAAUAACUGUUUGGAGCUGCUUGCUCACUGUAGUCUUCCUUGCAAUCUCAAAAGGCUAUCAAUUGGAGCAAACCAUAUAAGAGAUUCUAUUAGUUCGAGUGGUCUACCACUAGUGCACUUCCCACAAAGCCUAAUAUACCUCGAUUUGAGUAUGAAUAAAAUACACUCCACUUCAAGCUUCCUGUUCCCUGAUGGUAUAGAAGAAUUGGACCUCUCGUAUAACUCAAUUGAGGUUCUAGAAGAAGAUAGCUCGACUUUUCUCAAUUUGAUAAUGCUAAACAUUUCUGGAAAUCCGCUAAGAAGCCUUGACUUGUUCGUAUGCAAGAAUGAAAGUCACUCGAGGUGUAAUCACAAGGUCCCUAAAUUGAGGGCCUUAUUCUUGAAUGAUAUCAAACUAGUACAUGUUUUCAAAGAAUCUUUGCAAAAGAGUAAGGAGAACCGAGUAGACUUUCCAGAGUCUUUAAGAUUUCUAAACAUGAGGAACACAGGCAUAGUCAAAAGGAAAUUUGACAUCAGCUUCGGCUCAAAUUUAAAGGUAUUAAACAUGAGCUAG